AUGUCGAGACUCACUGCUGGUCCUCACCGGUGCUCUGGGAGAGUGGAGGUGCUUCUUGGAGGUUCCUGGUUCACAGUGUGUGAUGCUGACUUUGACCAGCAGGAUGCAGAGGUUGUGUGUCGAGAGCUGGGCUGUGGGAUUCCUGUGGAGGUGCUGGGAUCAGCUGCUUUUGGCCGAGGGGAGGGUCACACAGGGGCGCGGCUGGUGAACGGACCGGACUCCUGUUCUGGUCGAGUGGAGCUCCAGUACCUCAGUGACUGGGGCACAGUUUGUGCUGUAGGCUGGGAUAUGAGAGCUGCAGAUGUUCUCUGUGGACAGCUGGAUUGUGGGAGUGCUGUGGCUGUGGUGGAGUUUGACUGGUUUGGGGAGGGGAGUGGCCACAUCUGGGCUGAUGUGUUUGAUUGUCAGGGGAAGGAGACACACCUAUCACAAUGUAACAUCUCGUCAUGGAGUCGAGCUGCAUGCUCUCAUAAACACGAUGCUGGAGUCAUCUGUAAUGGAUCAUCCGUGGCGUUUCAUGAGGGGCGAGUGCGGUUGUCUGGAGGGAGCGAGUGUCAGGGGGAGGUGGAGAUUUAUUUCAGGCAGGACUGGAGGAGAGUUCUCCUGGACUCGUGGAGUCUGUCUGAGGCGUCUGUGCUCUGCAGACAGCUGGGCUGUGGCUCCGUGCUGAACUACCGCUCCUCUCCAUCCACCACUGAACACAAACACAUGUGUGUAACGGGUUUCAGCUGCUCUGGGAGUGAAGCUCAUCUGGGGAACUGCAGCAGUGCACAACCUGUCAACUGCAGCUCCGGGGAACAGCUGUACAUCACCUGCUCAGACCCCAGGUCCAUCAGGCUGGUUGGUUCUGGGGGAGACUGUGCAGGAAGGCUGGAGGUUUUCCACAGCGGCUCGUGGGGGACAGUGUGUGAUGACUCGUGGGAUAUUGAGGAUGCGCAGGUGGUGUGCAGACAGCUGCAGUGUGGAGUGGCCCUCAGUACACACAUACCAGCCUGGUUUGGUCCUGGAACUGGGUCCAUAUGGCUGAAUGAGGUGGAGUGUGAGGGGAACGAGACGUCCCUGUGGAACUGCAGAUUUCAGCUGUGUGAAGAGGGUGAAUGUGGACACCAGGAGGACGUAGGAGUCGUGUGCUCAGGUACAGUGUCAUGA